UGAGGAGCAUCAUCUCAUCCCAUAGCUAGUAGAAAUAGCUCUUUUGCCUUCCUUGACGUACGAUGCAGCGAGUGAAAGAACGGAAAUUGCAUUACAUAACCUGAACUGAUAUGUAAUCCCUUGAAAUUAUACUGACGAUUUUUCAGCGAUUCUUAAAAACAUAAUAAAUCAUAUUUAUGUAUAUACGAGUUCGUGUUAUAAACUGCAAAAAUGCAGCGUGAUUCGAUGGGUCAAAAGGUAGAGAUUGUCACAUAAAGCAAGUAACACAAACUCUUAUGCUGGAAGUUUUAGUGAUGGAAUAAAUUAUUCGAAAGUAAGUGCAAGGCCCGUCAUUAACAAAAUUUGAUGAGUGCUAACUGUGUUUGUGUGUUUAAAUAAGGUAAAUUCAUCCUAAAGUAUUAUUAUGCAAGUCCUGUUACUCGUUGUAUUAUCCUUUCUGCCGUUUUAAAGUGUGGUGAAGUGAAUUGUGAGGCGAUUGUGUGAGAAUGAAUUGACACGAGUAGAGUUGCACAUUACCUGAGCAGCAAACUGACUUGAUAUGGACAAGUAAUCAGCAAAUAUUUUAAAGCUAAAAGUUGGAACAAAAGUGGAAACCCGCAGUGUUUGGAGAGUCCUACAUAGAUAUUUUUCCACCUCCUCCAAUCCCAUCCAGCACAUACAACAAACAAGAAAGGAACAUGUAGUCGUGGGUUGAAGGAGAGAUGAAGUGAUGGUUUUGACAGCAGAUUUUCGAGACCGAUUCCAUCGCAUGCAUGAAACACUUUCAGUUUCGUAUUGACGUUCCCAGACACCAGGUCUCAAACUAAGUUAACUCUGACCAGACUUCUUAUUCGCCAGUGGUCGAGGUUGUGGUCAACUGUCAAAGUUGCGAGAUUCAUCAGUGCCAGACAGAUCAGAGACUCCUCAAGGAAGGAGAGGUCAAGUGGUGGAAAACGUAGUUUUGGCUGGGUGAAAUUCUUACUCUCCCCAAAAAUAUAUCCAAACUUUUACUAAUUAUACUACCAGUCAAGUGUUAUUCUCGUUGUUCAAAAUGAUGGAGAAUGCGUUGGAGGACAGGGACGCCGUUGGCGUUUCUGACGCCGUUCUUUUGGACGAUCCGAACGACACGGCUGCUUUUAUUGAAAAUCUGAGGAAGCGCUUCAGAGGAGACCUGAUUUAUACAUACAUCGGUCCAGUUCUCAUUUCUGUAAAUCCCUACAGAAACCUUCCCAUAUAUGGACUGGACUAUGAGAAGAAGUAUUAUAACGUCAAUUUCAUCGAAGUUGCGCCUCACGUAUAUGGACUGACGGACAAUGCUUACAAGCAGCUUCGCGAGGAAAACAGAGAUCAGUGCAUUUUGAUUUCUGGUGAGUCGGGCAGUGGAAAAACGGAGGCUUCGAAAUGGAUUUUACGGUACAUCGCAGCAGCAUCCAAACACAUCGCGUCGGUGGAAACAACGAAGGAAAAACUAUUGCAAUCCAACCCAGUUCUGGAAGCUUUUGGAAAUGCUCAGACUAAUCGAAACGAUAAUUCCAGUCGAUUCGGAAAAUAUAUGGACAUUGAGUUUGAUUUCCGAGGAUCACCAGUGGGAGGUCAUAUCAUCAACUACCUUUUAGAAAAGUCCAGGGUGAUCUAUCAAGCAAAAGGGGACAGAAAUUUUCAUAUUUUUUAUCAAAUGCUUGCCGGAGUUGAUGAGUCCACUUUGACGAAAUUGAAACUCCAAAGGAGUCCAGUAAAGUACCACUACUUGAAUCAGGGCGAAGUGCGCACCCCCGGACAGGACGAUGCAAAACAGUACCAAGUGGUGAGAGAUGCCAUGAACACGGUCGGAUUUGGUGAGGACGAUCAGGAAGAGAUCUUUCAAAUAAUUGCUGCCAUAUUGCACCUUGGCCAGAUUGACUUCAAGCAUGAAGGGAAUUAUGCCAAAGUUCUAAGUCACGACAUUGUGAAAAUCGUAGCUCAGCUGCUGGGAUGUUCCCCUGACAAGCUGAGCAAAGCUUUUUUGCACCGAACUAUCGAGGCUCGGGGUGAAUUUGUCACGUCUCCUCUUACCUACGAACAAUGCAUGUAUGCUCGUGAUGCACUGGCGAAGGCUGUCUAUGAUCGGUUAUUUACGUGGCUCGUGACCAAGCUGAAUCAAUCCCUUGAACCUGAUUACGACGGCAAGAAGACGCUCAUGGGUAUCUUGGAUAUUUAUGGGUUCGAAAUCUUCGAAAAGAACAGUUUUGAGCAGUUUUGUAUCAACUACUGCAACGAAAAACUACAGCAGCUCUUUAUUGAACUGACUCUAAAGUCCGAACAGGAGGAGUACCGCAAAGAGGGAAUCCAAUGGGAAGACGUGGACUAUUUCAACAACAAAGUUAUUUGCGACUUGGUCGAGGAAAAACACAAAGGCAUCAUCGCCCUGAUGGAUGAAGAAUGUCUCCGACCAGGCGAUCCCACGGAUUUCACCAUGCUGGAAAAAAUGGACCGAAGCCUAUCCACUCAUCCUCAUUACUUAAGUCACAAACUAGCGAAUACAUCCGUCAGGAAAUCACUCACUCGCGAUGAAUUCCGACUUUUACAUUAUGCUGGAGAGGUUACGUACAAAGUUCAUGGAUUCCUUGACAAAAAUAACGACCUUCUCUUCAGGGACUUGCGUGAAGCAAUGACGACAUCGAAGCAAAAGAUUUUGCAGACAAUUUUCCCUGCUAGCGAAUUAAAUCAAAAAAAGCGACCAGCGACGGCAGCAACACAGUUUAAGACUAGCUUGAACCAACUCAUGGAAAUCUUAAUGUCCAAAGAACCGUCGUACAUUAGGUGCAUUAAACCCAAUGAUUUCAAGAAAGCCGGCGUCUUCGAUUUGGAAAUUGUUGGUCAUCAAGUGAAGUAUUUGGGACUGAUGGAAAAUCUUCGCGUCCGCAGAGCUGGAUUUGCUUAUCGAAGACCAUAUGAAACAUUCCUUCUUCGCUAUAAAAGUUUGUGCCCACAAACCUGGCCACACUAUGAUGGACCUGCGGAACGUGGGGUUGAAAUCAUAAUGAAACACUUGGGCUACAACCAGGAUCAUUUCCGCAUGGGAAAAACCAAGAUUUUCAUUCGACAUGCUCAGACAUUGUUUGCAAUUGAGGACGCAUUCCAGGAGAGGAAGAAGCAACUGGUGUCCAAAAUUAAGGCAAUCUGGAGGGGACGACGACAACGCAAGGAGUAUUUGAGAAUGCGAUUCCAGGUCAUCUUUGUACAAAAGUACAUUAAGAGAUUUCUUGCAGUUCGUCAAUUCAAGAAACGAAAAUGGGCUUCAAAUGUGGUCAGAGAUUUCAUUAAGGGAUUCAUGGCCAGAAAUGCUGAUCCAUGUGAAGCCAACGCUAAAUUUUUACAAUUUGUGAGAUACCGUUUCUUGAUGAAAUUGAGCCAAUCUCUUCCCAAUGUAAUUUUGCGACACGAUCGUCUAUGGCCAGAUAGCCCUCCAGCAGCACGAGCUGCAUCAACGCUCCUUUGUAAAAUGCAUCGAAGACAAAUUGUGCGCAAGUAUGUUCGAGGAUUGAGUGCCGAACGGAAGCGACAGUUAGAAAUGAAAUACCUGGCACAUGAACUAUUUAAAGGAAAAAAGGCCACGUACGAGGCGUCUGUGCGAAAUUACUUCGUCGAUUGUCGCCCAGACGAUGUUCGAAAUCGGAUCGGGAUGAUUGAAACGAAUAUAAAGAACAGUGGCGAGCGUCUUGUUUACUGCACAGCAGUCACCAAGUACGAUCGACAUGGGUAUAAACCACGGGAACGUAUAUUAACUGUGUCAAAUGCAGCCGUUUAUUUACAUGAUGCAAAGGACAUGAAGCUUAAACAUAAAAUAUUUCUGAACGAGCUGAAAGGAAUUACCAUAACCAAUAUGGGAGAUGGUCUUCUUGUUUUCCGAACUCCCCCAGAAAAUAAACAACUGAAGGGGGACUUGAUUGUUAAUUGCCCCCACGUGAUUGAAGCAGUGACCAAGAUAAUCGAUACCGCUGCCCAGAACAAGUCACUGUUAACUAUUGUACCUCCUGGAGAGGUUCAACACCACUUGAAUGGAGGAAAACAAGGGAUUAUUGAAAUCAAGAAAAGCGAUACUGAUAUUACGGCAAUCGCUAAGAAAAAUGGACAUUUAAUUGUUAUGACAUCUUGCUAAUCAGUAAUUUAUUAAGUCUACAUACAUACGUCAAAAUAUCAUCAAAAAACAAGUGCCACUAAAUUGUAACCCUACUACGACUAACGCUACAAUUUGUACCAAUUGCCCAAGUUAAGUUCUGUACGUGAUAUAAAUUCAAGCCAAUCGUAAUUUUAUUUAUAAGUUCUAAUGUCAAAAACUAUAGUGUAUUCCAAAAAGGUUCUAGUUACAAUUUCCAUUUAAUUACUGUUGCUAUUUAUGUAAUAGUGAAAUUCUUAGUGUGAGUUAGAUAAUCCGUCUGUGCAAGCAGGAUGCAAAAUAAACACCAGAAAAGGCCUUUAACUUGUACCAUACUAAGCUAACCGUUGAAGAGAAUAUUUAGACUAUUAGUUGUGAUUAGUAUUUUCCUUGUAAUCGAAGCGAGUCAUCUGCACAAUCAGAAUCGAUAAUUUAUAUUACAAAACUAAAUAUCACAGACAACCAGAUGUGUUUCGUGCCAUGUCAUUCCUAUUAAAAGUAUGCUGUAGUGUGUACAAUUAAUGCUCUUCCUUCCUGUAAAAAAUUGUUUGCUAUUUUAUUGUAUGAAGAAAUAAAAUAAUUGUGAGUAAGAAUAA